UCUGCAGACAGUUCAAACUUAGCGCCAUGAUUCCAACUACGCACAACACAUCAGAACGUCACUUAAAACUUAAAUGAACAGCUGAAAAACUAAAUAAAUCAUAAUGAACAACCACAAAGUCAAAAUCUUAAAUUUCACAAACCAAGAAGCAGUGACGUAUUCCAUAAUCAAAAUAAUAGGUAGUGUCCAAUAUGCGACAAAACCAGUGUGCCAAAUGCAAAAAGAUACAAACGUUUAUCUGAGUCAAAACAACACAAACGUCCUAGUGUCAACAAAUCUAAUCAAUGACAAAUUUAAAUUUUUGGUUCAACUCGUCAGCGGUAAAAAUCAAAUCAGGAUCAAGUAUUGCUGCGAAACUGUUUCUAUAGUUCUGGAAUACUUUCCAGUUAUAUCAGAAAACGCUGUGAUACCAUUAUAUGUGAUAUGUGAGGACCACGAUGGUUGCUUCCAAGCACCUCCUUGGGAAUCCAACAAUAUAGAGAGCGCUUGCAAAAGAAUAACUUUGGGUUCAAAGCUUUUGCAGUGUGUUACAGCAGAAAAAUUGUAUGAACAUGGUCUUGGGAGAAAAAGUUUCUUCUUAAAUGAGGAGUGUCAAGUGUUUAAAAGUCAAAUUAAGUGUCAAGAUGCCAGGAAUAUGAACCAAAUGCAAUUGUGGGAAAACGUUGGUCGUGAAAUAAUGAAAUCCCCAAUUGGUUCAGACCAUAGGAAAUAUCUAGCGUUUUUAUCUUGUACCAAAUAUUAUGGAGAAAGGUUCAAACAAGGCAUCACUGCAACUCAUGACGAUUUAAUAGAAAUGACGGAAGGUUAUGUAGCAUUAGGAGGUGGGGGAUUAGCACUUUUUGGUACCGCUUGUUUAUAUACCUGGCCCGAAAAUUUUGACGAUGUGAUUCUUAGGUUUGAAGAUUCUACUCCAGUAAACAGGGCACAGUUUUUAGAUGAUAGCUGUUAUAGGGGAACGCUGGGUGCUUGUUUUUCAACAACCCUAGGCUCGGUGCUCCACGAACUGUUUCACACCUUCGAUCUAGGUCACACUGAAGAAGGCAUCAUGGGUAGAGGAUUCGAUAAUAUUUACAAAGUUUUUACAAACUCAAAUUCUCCAAAUCAAAGCGUCGAUACGGGCUACGAAGCACAAAGGACCUUCCAGGAUAAAAUCGAGUUCAAGGAAGAAUUCGAACCGGAUAGUUUGUUAGAAAGGCUAAGGAGUGAGAAUAAGAAGAAGGAGUUUAUUGUUAUUAAGUCGUUUGAAGAAAGUGACGAUACUGUACUGAGUAGAAGUUGUGCUGUGAUAUUGUGCUACCAUAGGUGGUUCAACCAGACUAUAUCCAAGCAAUCAUCUCUUUUGUCGUUAGAUCCAUCUAAUAAAUUGAUACGAUCGACAGCAGGUAUUCGAGUGGUCGAAAUAAGAAGUUUAAACAGGGAACUUGUGCUGCAUAGUUGGAUGUUCGAUGGCAGGAUCCUCAAGUUUUCUUUUCAGAUACCUGAAGAUCUUCUAAUCACCAUGGGUAACGGCAGCUAUUUAAUUUUUGUUGAAGAUACUAUAGGUUGUAUUUUAAAAGAGGAACUCAAUGUUUGAAGAACCAGUUUUAAGCAAUUUUUGAAGUAAUAAUAAGUAGAUUAGGUUAUGUUUAAAAAAGUUUCAACAUAAACUAAAAAAAUCUGUAGGUAUAAGAUUUGGGCAGAUAUUUUUGUGUGAUCAUAGUGUUAGAAAAAAUUAUACAAAACCUUUAAAUAAAUUAGAAAAAUAUUUAAAAAUUCUGAAAAUCGGAG